GGGGAGCCCGCCAGCCGAGCUUGCCCUUGGGAGAGCCACACCAAGGGUGGGCAGAUCAAUCCGAGACACCAGCCUGAGCACAGAUCCAACGACAUUGCUCCCUGUUGACGAGCGAUUGGACAGGCAAGCUCUCCUCUCGCUCACUUCGAGUUGAGGCUGCAGAGAUCGUGUGUCUCGUAGUAUCGCGCAAAUGACACCAGCUUGACGAGUCACCACAAGUACUUCAGUCACCAUGCCACCAAGACACCAGACUCUGCCGUCUGCGCAGACCGCAUCGGCGCGCGCGGCGAUGCAGUCAUUCUACUGCGAGCUAUGCUCCAAGGGCUACUCCCGUAUGAACGACUAUGAGGCGCAUCUAGGCAGCUACGACCACAGCCAUCGGCAGCGCAUGAAGGACAUGAAGCAGAUGGUCAAGGACCCGACUGCUGGCGCUCGCGCGCGCAAGGCAGAGGCCAAGGCCGACGGGCUCAUCAGCAUCAAGUUUGGAGGCGACGCAGCCGCCAGCACGAGUAGUCCUGCCAGCAGCGGAGCUGGCGGCGGUGGUGCUUCUGGGGGUUUCAAGAAGGGAGGGUUCAAGAAAAGCGGCUUCAAGAGCGCGUUUGCGCCGGCUGGUGGUGAGGAUGAGGCUGAAGUCCGCGAUAGCAAGGGCGAUUCGACUUCUGCACCGCCGACGGUGGGCAAGCUCUCACUGCGCGAUGAAACGAUCGAGAGCGAUACAGAUGACGAAGGGUACGAAGUCUAUGAUCCGAGAAAACCAACUGAUUGACUUUUUACGUGCGAGACCAAUCUCUAUGCGUGACACCAUGCGUCUGGAUCAUGGGGCACUGGCACUGCUGAACGGUGGAUUUGCAGACAUCUCACAAUGACCUCACGUACGAAACAUCUGAACCUGCUCAGUCCGACUAGUCAAGCGAGAUGCUCAACGUUGCUGCUUCUUGGAACACAGUCCAGCGAGUCGUCUCAUUGGUGCUUCGCGAUGCGAGCAGACGUCGCGUCUUGUGUACAGCAAUGGGAGCCACGACGAUUCUUCUUCGCGGCGCUCCGCCAGGGAACGCGAGCAAUGAAGAAAACAAGUGAGGAGAAUCUCUCGAUGGGUGCCAAAAAUUCCCUGCCCGGCCGUAGCCAAACAGGAGUAGUCAUAGUAUAGUUUUCAACUAGCAAAAACACAACCUCGGAUUUCUCCUCACUGGUAUGUGUAAAGCCCUAGCACUAGGAUGGAGA